CAGUCGCUCGCCGUUCGUUCACCGACGUGGCCCGAAACUGCCGCUUCUCCGGUUCGAGAUAAGCGAGUAAAAUUGGACAUAUAAGGACGAUAAAACAACGAGAGACAAUUCGUGAUCUUCGUUGCGAUAGAGAAAUUCUUGUAUAUUGAAACGUAAUGUCGGAGGGAAAAUAAAGAAAAUUAGAACAGUAACGGGAGAAUGGGAUUCUGAAUUAGAGAACAACUGAUCGUUACAAAAUGCCGAACAUUCUCGUCGACGUUUCGGUCUAUCGGAUGCACUCCGUCAUACCGUCGCUUCGUAAACUUCACCAAGGUUUUCUCCCAGUAUCAGUGAAGGUAGAAUUUCCUAUGAGGAAAUCUCGAAUCGUUCCAAUUUCAAGGAUCGAAUUGGGAAACGAAGAAAGAUCGAAUUAAUGUCGUCGUCCGACGACGUUUUCCUAGCCGGUAGUUGUUGGAUCAUUCGAUCGUGGAUCUCAUUGAAUGAAGAAAAAGAGAGAGAAAAAGUGAAGGAAAGAAGAAAGAGAAGAGGAAGAAAAGUGUGCCUUCCUGUUAAAAGUUUUUCAUGUGAAAUUGACUAAACACGGUUUAAAACGUUUCAUGAUUUCGAUCGAAGAAUAGGAAAAUAUUGAAUCGAUUUAUAGCAUACAUACAUACAUACAUACACACACACACAUAUAUUUAUAUAUAUAGAGAGUAUUCAGAGGGAUGAAUGGCAGAGCUUAGGGACGAUUUUCUUCUUUUAUCGUGACGUUGAACGGUGCUCUUACGGUGAAUCCAAGGUUUCCUACGAGUGUACCUUACCAUUCUUAUCGUUUUAUUCUCUCUUUCCUUAAAGAAGAAAAUCAAAGGUCGUUUAUGGUCGUACGUUAGGGAGAGGGAAAAUUGAAAAACAAAAAAAAAAAGAAAAAAGGAAAAGAAAGAAAAACGUGGAGGGAAAAAGCAUAGAAAAAAGCUUUCUCCCUCCCCCCUCUCAGUAUGGACGGUCGACGUUGCAUCGAUUUUCGAAAGACCCAAAUGGCUUCGAAAUUUCAUCGAAAAGAAAUGAAAAAUUAUUCUUGUCGUCGACUGUCGUCCAUGAUUAGAACGUAUUAAGUACGAUAGACGACUUUGAGCUUUUCUUUUUUUCUCUUUUUUUUCUUCUUUUCUCUCUUUCUCUCCCUCCCUUCCUUUUCGCUUCCUUCUUCUUCUUUUUUUUUUUUACUUUCCUUUUUUUACGUGGUUCCUCGUGAGAAUGCUGCUAUCUACGUACGAAGGUCAAGGAACGACUCUCAGCAGCGACAGAGAAAGUUUCGUCUCGAAGAGGACUUGCGUCUAGGGAAUACGCGCUUCGAUGAUGAUCGAUGAAAUGACGAGGAGAAGAAAGUAGGAAGUAGGAAGUCGUCUCGGUGCUCGUUGUGGUGAUAGUCGAGCGGCGAGAAUAAAUCGUGGAAGCGAGGGUAAGAUUUGUUGGAGGUGUGGAGAGGAGAAGGAGGAGAAAGAAGUGGAAGAAGACGAGGAGGAGGAAGAGAAGAAGGACGAGGACGAGGACGAGGACGAGGACGAGGACGAGGAAAGAGAGCAGAAAAUGGCGGGAAGAUCAAAGAUCUCGUGAUCGGUUUGGGGGUAGCAGAAUGGAAGGUGGAAGGGACGACGACGGUUCGUUGUUUCGGUCGAUCGUUCGAAAGCUAUCGUCGAGGGAGUCGGUGAUAAGUAGUGGGGUAGAGGGGGAGGUGGGUACGUCGAGCACGAAGAUCGGUAAUAGUGUAAGGGGUGUGGUAGUGCCGACGAGGAAUACGUCGACUACUACGACGAGUUCAGGCACGACGGUUACGACGGCAACGAUAACGACGACGAGAACGAGCACUCGCGACGAGUACGAGAUCGCGUUCGAGACGAUCCUGGAACGUGCGUUCGACAUGUCGAGAAACGAGACCGACGCUGCGGCUACGGCUGCAAGCGGAACCGCUACGGCGAGUGGAGGAACGGCAACGGGGGUUGUCGUUGAGUCAACCGGUUGGUUCGACGACACCCAGACGCCAACAACGACGGCGAGUUUUGCAUCUUCGUCGAACGGUUCAUCGCCUUCUUCGAGUUCUACCCUCGUCGAUAAUUACACCCUCAUAUCGGAUCUAUUCGUCUUCGACGAUCUAAAUGAUUACAUAAAUCGAUUAAAUUAUACCGCGUUCGCGAAUCUGACGGCCUAUUAUGACGGAGGUGGUAGUAUGAAUUUAAGUGCUACCGUUAAUUGCACAUCUUCGAUCGUGUCUGGGAAUGACACAGAAUGCGAUACCAGUGCCGAAAAAUCCAAUCCCAGCAAUUGGUGGGCUCUGAUACUGGUUAUCGUACCGUGUCUCACCCUCUUCGGCAAUGUCCUAGUUAUCUUGGCGGUUGUAAGAGAGAAAGCACUUCAGACCGUCACCAAUUAUUUCAUCGUCAGCCUUGCGGUCGCCGAUCUCCUCGUCGCGGUUCUCGUCAUGCCCUUUGCCGUCUACGUAAUGGUAAACUCGGGCUUGUGGAGUUUGCCAGGCUUCGUUUGCGACUUCUACAUAGCGAUGGACGUUACCUGCAGUACGAGUUCUAUCUUCAAUUUGGUAGCGAUCUCCAUAGACAGAUAUAUAGCGGUGACGCAGCCGAUAAAGUAUGCCAAACACAGGAACAAUAGAAGAGUGUGGUUGACGAUACUGUUGGUCUGGGCGAUAUCGGCCGCGAUCGGUAGCCCGAUUGUUCUUGGCUUGAAUAACACUCCCAAUCGGUUACCAGACCAAUGCCUCUUCUAUAAUACGGACUUCAUCAUCUACUCGAGCCUAUCCAGCUUCUACAUACCCUGCAUCAUUAUGGUGUUUCUCUAUUAUAACAUAUUUAAGGGUCUACGAAAUAGAGCGAGAAAAGCUCGAGCUAAUCGAAAACCAAAUCUGGGAGAAAUAAAGCCGGGCAGUAUUAUAGAGAACAUUGCAAACACCCGGAGUGGGUAUUCUGUGGCAAGGUUCGCCGAGACGGCGUUGGGGGCAGCCGCCUUGGUGGCUCCCAGCAUGGAGGAGCCAACAAACACCGCUUCCGGAAGCAACGAGGACGAAGAUGAGACGCCUCUAGAUCCAGUCGUGGUCAUCUCCAACGAUAAGAGCACCGAGUUCUUUUUGGCUACUGUCGUCGAAGAAGCAGCUUGUCGUUUCAGCGCGGUGGCGCAAGCACAGCUGGGCGAAUCGAACGGUCGAAGAAAUUCGGGUUACGACGGUGCUGCGAGUAGUACGAUGAUUCACGAGCCAACCGAAACGAAUUCGAGUCCAAGUCCAAAUCCGCGGAUCACUUCGGCUCCAUCAUCCUCGACGUCAUCCUCUCCACCUCCAUCGGCGAGGCCUGGAUCAGCAGCCGCGACUAGCAUUCAAGGAUCACAAACAGAUCGAAAGAAGAACGGAAACGAUGCUACCAAGCAAGAACUCAAAAGGCUCAAAAGUACCGGAUCUUUGCUUCCUCUUCAAUUCGGUAAAACUUCCAACGUUCUAUCGGGCACCGCGUCAGGCAGUAAAAAGGAUAAGAAAAACGCUAGUUCUAGUUCGAAGUUCACGAUAUACAAGGCUAACAAGGCUAGCAAGAAAAAGAGGGAAAAAAGUUCGGCCAAGAAGGAACGCAAGGCCACCAAGACUCUAGCUAUUGUUUUGGGCGCCUUCCUGAUUUGCUGGGUACCUUUCUUCACGUGCAACAUCAUGGACGCAAUGUGCGACAAGUUGGCAAUGGACUGUCAACCAGGUGUCACGGCCUUCAUUAUCACUUCGUGGCUCGGUUACAUGAACAGUUUCGUCAAUCCCGUUAUUUACACCGUCUUCAACCCCGAAUUCCGAAAGGCCUUCGGUAAACUUAUGCGUCUUUAAGUCCCGAAACAAAAACGCUACGAGAUAGCGAAAGAACCUAUAAACAUCGCGUUUAUUAACGUAAUAUCUAUUCGAUAAAACGUGAAUUAUCAAAUUUCCGAAUAUGAACGGAUGGGAAAUAAUUGAUGUAAUAAAUUUUAGGUAGGACGUGUUAUUACUCGAUACGUCGCCUAAAUUUCACCGAUAUGUCGUUUGAGUCAAGAUUAAGGACUCUCAAAGCGAGCAUCCCAUUGAUUUUUCGUUUUUUAUUAUUUUUUUUUUAAUUUUCCUUUCAACUUGUUUGUUCUUCUUAUUUUUUUUUUAUUUUUUUAUUUCAAUGAGCACUCGUCUUGGGAUAACCUGAAUUGCAACGGAAUUGUUUGAAAAGUUGUGAUCGUGCGAUGAUGUUUAAAUGAAUGAGCUAAUGAUCUUAGUAUAUUAAGAUACGCUACUAUUGUACAAAGAAAAAAAAUAUACAUAUAUAUAUACAUAUAUAUAUAUAUAUAUAUAUAUAUAUAUAUAUAUAGUAAAGGUAUAAAACGACCUCUCGAAGGACUCUUUCGGAUAUGGUCGUUAGUUCGAAUAUAUACAUAAUAGUACUGCGUCGCUCGAGAGAAAACGUUUUUCCUUCGACGAUAUCAUUUUCUUUUUGAUGUGCUCCAUUUUCCGUUGAACGGUAGAUAUGUAAGAAGAUAAAAGUAAACGGAUCCAAGUCGGGGGGUGGGUGGGGCGGGGGGAGGGGAUUUAUUAACGGAGGAUAUAUUUGUUGUACGAAUGUUUAUUAUAAGUAUACCUACAUUUUUCGUAGAUAUAUCCGAGUACGAGCCGUGACAGUAUUACUAUACUAGUUACCUAAAAUUUAGCAAUAUUUUUUUGGCUCUCUGACGCUUGAGUCUCAGCCAAGAAACGGAGGAAAAAAGGGAAAAGAAAAUAAAAAGAAAAAAAAGAAGAAAAAAGAGAUUAAAAAAAAAAAGAAAUCGAAAAAAAACGACAAAAAAGAAAUAAAAGAUACGCCGAGAGAUUUACGACGAGAUAUAUUAUAGUCGAAACACACACACACACGCUCUCUCUCACAAAACAUAUUCGUGCUCGAUUAAAAUUCGACGACUCGGUGUAUUUCUAUACCUAAAUUGUGUAAACAACUCUAUGCAUAUACCGAUUCUGAUACUACAUUCCACGAACACGUACUUACAUGCGGACGUACUCGAAUGUUAUUGCGAAUCGUAUUUGUGAUUCCAAAGUAUUAUGUCAUUUCUGUGGAUAUGUAUUCGCGUGAGCACGAGAUUACGUCUAUAAAAAAAAGAAAGGAAGAAAAAAGAAAAAGGAAAAAUAAAAAAGAAAAAAGAAAUCGACGAAAGGCAAAUAUUUCGAACUCUUUACCUAUACAUACAUUUUCGUCGAUCGAAAAUCAUCUUCGCAUCUUUGAUUUGCGUUGUGAGAAUGAGGAUAAUAAAAAAAAAAAGAAAAAGAAAAA